ACAUGCAUGAGCAGUGCCUGACUGUGUAACUAUGUUACAUGCACCAUGAAGCUACAUGAGAUGAAUGAAUGCUUGAGAUGUAACCAAGGGUCCCACCCACAGCCUAAUCAGUUACCAUUUCUUCUGUGGCUGAGUAUAUAUCAUAUGUUUUAUGUUUUAUGGAUUUUGUGAUAGCUUUCUCCUCCUCUCAGUCUCUCUGGUUUUGAGGAUGAAGAAGCUUAACGUCAUACUGAACAAGUGCAAGAGCUUCUCAAGGCAGAUGAGAAGGUCCUCCUCUUACAAUAGUGCUAGUCCAAGAUCAAACUCGGCAAGGGAAGAAACAUUUGCAGAUAUGAAAGAGGAAGAAGAACAUCAAGAAACGGUGUAUGUGGGAAGUAAAAGGAGGCAAUAUGCAGUUAGUUCGAAGCAUCUAAAGCAUCCUUUAUUGAAUGCUUUAAUUGAAGAGAAGUCCAAGCAGGGUCCGGGUGGAGUCAUCUCUGUGAACUGUGAGGUUGUUCUCUUUGACCACCUAUUAUGGAUGCUGGAUAAUGCAGAUCCCAAGCUCACCAGUGAAUCAUUGGAGGAGUUAGCUGAGCUUUAUUCCCUCUAAUACUCAGAGACCUGUUAGCAUCAUUCAUAGGCUUCAUCUAUAUAUGUUCCAGUACCAGCAGCAAGUAUUGAUAAUCUCCAUGGUUAGGUAGAUUCAUUGCUUCUUGGAUGUUUGAUUCAUUUUGUUAUGACCGUGCUUCUGUACGGCUGUAAUCCGUAAUUACUUAAUGAAUAAACUGUAGAAUAAAUAUUCUCAUA